AUUUCAACUUGCCCUUCAGUAAUGACUUUUAUAAUUGUUUUGGCCUCUUUGGUUCUUGUGGUAAAGGGAACCACUACAUCUGAUCAUCAACCUCGUCUAAUAGAUAGAGGAGCACCAAUUCCUCCUAAAACACCGGAAGAACUAUGCAAAAAUUUCGAUGGUUAUAGUAUCCAAUGCUUAGAUUGCACAACGCUUGUGCAUUGCUAUGGGAAUCCACAGCAAUCACCCUAUUUAGUAAAAUGCGGCGGCGAAUAUCCCUAUUGUGACAGCACUAGUAAUUUUUGUGCUGAAAAUCCUAACCCAUUUUCUUGUGGUAUUGAUAACUUUGUUUGUACUAAACCUGACGGAGUAUUUCCCCAUCCAACAAACUGCAGCCUGUUCUAUGUCUGCGAAAAUUCUUACGCAAAUCUUUUCGAAUGCAGCCCUAAUCAAGUUUGGUCUGGCAACGGAAUGGUAUGCAAGGAUAAAACCUGUCCCUCAGACUGUGGUACCUUUAAUUGCGAAGAUUCUCCUAACACAAAGCAAACGUAUUCAAUUAACAAAGCCUACUAUGCAAAAUGUGGAGAAAUUAUUGACGGUCAACAGGCAGUCACUGUAUACAAGUGUAAUAAUCCCAAUGAGUAUUUCAAUAACUAUUACUGUGAGUUUGAGUGCAAUGAUAUUAAACUUUAUGCAGAUAGUGUUGAGCAAAGUAGAUACUAUGAAUGCACUAAAAAUGGCAAUGAGUUGUCUUAUCUACUUAAGAAAUGUACUUUUAACGAAAACAUGCAGAAGUGUACUUUACAGGGUUCUUCUGUUUAGUCCAUAGCUACUGAAUAAAACCCAUUUGUGUAAACUGA